GCACGACUGGGAAGGAUUCGCCCGCGUCCCACCUCCUCCAGGCAGAGUGAGUGGAGGAAACCAGGCUUCCUUCCCAGAGCCAAGGGAGAGAACCAAGGAGCAACUGCUGCCAAGAUUUCUGAAGAGACUCAGACUUUCUUUUCCAUCCGCGAGGGGAGGCUGGAAAAGUCAGAGGGAGGAUCAUUACUCCCUGGACAGCAAGCAGCCCUCACCUGGAUGGAGUGAAAGAUGAGGCCUGAUGACAUUAACCCGAGAACUGGGCUGGUAGUGGCCCUGGUCAGUGUCUUCCUGGUCUUUGGUUUCAUGUUCACCGUCUCUGGGAUGAAGGGGGAGACUCUGGGAAAUAUCCCCCUCCUGGCCAUUGGGCCAGCCAUCUGCCUACCGGGCAUUGCAGCUAUUGCUCUGGCCAGGAAGACUGAAGGAUGCACCAAGUGGCCCGAAAAUGAGCUGCUCUGGGUCCGAAAACUGCCCUGCUUCCGGAAAGCCAAGGACAAGGAGGUGGUGGAACUGCUGAGGACCCCUUCAGACCUUGAGUCAGGCAAAGGAAGUUCGGAUGAGCUGGCUAAGAAGGCAGGCCUCAGGGGAAAGAUGCUCCCACAGGCGCAGGGUGAGGUGCCAAUGGCUAGCUCCAUCACCACCCACACACCUACAGAGGAAGAAGAAUGCCAGAGCGUGGUCCACAGUGGGCAUCAAGAGGAGACAUCCAGAUACCUGGAUGGCUACUGUCCCUCGGGUAGCUCUCUCGCCUACAGUGCCUUGGACGCCAAGUGCUCAGCCUGGGACAGAUCUGAGUGCCCUGAGCCAGAGGAUAGCAUCUUCUUUGUACCCCAGGACAGUAUCAUCGUUUGCUCCUACAAGCAGAACAGUCCCUAUGAUAGAUACUGUUGUUACAUCAAUCAGAGCCAAGGCAAGUGGGACCAUGAGACAAUAGUCUAAACUCUGCAUACGAGGAUUGCUGUGGUGUUGAUAGAAACAUAGCUACAGCAUCUCCCAGUGGAUGGAAAUUUCUCUUCUCCAACAGCCUUCACAUUGUUAGAGACUGACAUGGUACGUGAUGGGUGUGCCAGCCUCUAGUGCCUGAAAG